AUGCAACUCCCAGCUAAACCUGGUCGUCGAGUUCGACGUAUAGCGAUCCUCGACUGUGAACGCAACGUCCCAAUUAUAGCAAAGACAUACGGUCCAUAUUUCAGCGGAAUAUUUUCAUCAGUCCUCGCUGAUACCGCGAAACGACUGGACCUAUCCUUUCCACCUGACUUCUGUGGUUUCGAUGUUGUCAGGGGCCAGUUUCCCGAUCCAAGCACGAUAGACGCCAUACUUGUCACGGGUUCAAUGGCAGGAGCAUAUGAUCCUUACCCCUGGAUCAAGCCACUGGCGGACUUCAUCAAACUCGUCUAUACCAGAUAUCCCGAGGUUCGAAUAGCAGGCGUGUGUUUUGGUCAUCAAAUCAUCAGCCAGACUCUGCUCGGCUCCCACGGAGUCAUUGUGGAAAAGCACCCGGGCGGAUUUGAAGCUGGCUUGCAGACGGUCAUGGUGAAUCCCGAAUUGACGCAAUAUUUCCCUGGACUUGAAGACUAUAUCAAAGCGAACACAACGUCCGAAGGCUCUGAAGCAACGCCGCAGCUACGCUUACAGUUAGGACAUGGUGAUCAUGUCGUUCUCCCGAAGGCACCACAGUCUCUGCCGGGGGGGUGGAUGUCACUCGGAAGCACCAAACAUUGCCACGUGCAGGGACUUUUUGAACCUGGUAGAGUUCUCACAUCCCAGCCUCACUGGGAGUGCGAUUCGUGGAUAAUGUCAGAGUCAUUUAGCUACCUCUUUACUCCCCAAAAAGGUUACCGUCCAGAAGAAGUCGAGGGCUGGGUGGAGGGCACCAAAGGCGGGCAUGAUUCACUGGCUAUGCAGGAAUGGGUUUUGCAAUUUCUGCUGGAUAUGCUCCCAAGUGAAGACGACACCAUGAAGCAGGUACCUUGA